CCCGGACGUGUUCCCGCGUCCUCCUUCUUCUUCCGCUGCCUCCCCAGGUCCGGGGAACCCACCGGGACUGAGCGCCCGAGGUGCCUGCCCAGAGCGGAGCUAUGAGCAGCUGCAGGAGGGACGUCAAUGCGGAGUUCAACGAACAGCUGAGGCUCCAGCAGCUCCAAGAGGAGGCCAAGCUCGCGGCCAGCGGCUCGCCCGAGGGCCCCGAGGGCAAUGACCCUUACACUUUCGUGGACCCGGCUGAUGGCACCGCCUACGAGUGGGACCGGGACAAGAAAGCUUGGUUCCCUAAGAUCACGGAAGAUUUCCUUGCCAAUUAUCAGGCUAAUUAUGGGUUCCCUGCUGAUAGCUCCUCUUCUUCCGGUGGGCAAAAAGAGAAACAGGCUGAUGUGGAUGUAAAAGCAUCACAAAAACCUACAGAUCAAAAAGCCACACAAAACGCUGAAAAGAGACAGAAAGGUGAAAAGAGAAAGCCUGAACCAGGAUGGUUUCAUGUCGAGGAAGACAAAAAUACAAAUGUGUAUGUGACUGGCUUACCUCCGGACAUUACAAAGGAUGAGUUUGUACAGCUCAUGUCCAAAUGUGGCAUCAUCAUGAGAGACCCACAGACAGAAGAAUAUAAAAUCAAGCUUUAUAAAGAUAAACAAGGAAAUCUUAAAGGAGAUGGACUUUGCUGUUAUUUGAAGAGGGAGUCUGUGGAUCUAGCAUUAAGACUUUUGGAUGAUGAUGAAAUCAGAGGCUACAAACUGCAUGUGGAAAUGGCAAAGUUUCAGCUAAAGGGAGAAUAUGAUGCCAGCAAAAAGAAGAAGAAAUGCAAAGACUAUAGGAAAAAGAUGUCUCAGCAACAAAAACAGCUGGACUGGCGGCCUGAGAAGAAAGCCAACACUACCCGAAUGCGGCAUGAGCGGGUGGUUAUUAUCAAGAAUAUGUUCCACCCGAAGGAUUUUGAGGCUGAUCCCUUGGUACUCAAUGAGAUCCGGGAAGACCUCCGAACAGAGUGUGAAAAGUUUGGGCAAGUCAAGAAGGUCCUUCUCUUUGACCGACACCCAGACGGGGUGGCCUCUGUGUCCUAUAAGGAACCAGAAGAAGCUGACCUAUGUAUACAAGCCCUCAAUGGGAGGUGGUUUGGCGGUCGUCAAUUAAAUGUGGAAGUAUGGGAUGGUGUGACUGAUUUUCAGGUGGAGGAGACAUCAAGAGAGAGGGAAGAAAGACUGAAAGGUUGGGAGUCUUUUUUAGAGCAUCAUAACAAACAGAAAGAAACGGAUUCCUCUGAUCCAAAUUCUGCUUCCGGAAGUGUGGGCCUGGUAAAAGGGAAACCCUCCCUAGCGGAUGUGACCUCACCUGGAGCAAAGGAGGAAGCCGGUAAUGGGGAAUGCAGUAGAGGAGGGAUCCAAUCUAAGGACAGCAGCUUGGGCCACGGUCGUAAUCAAGACCAGGCAUGCCAUUAACCCCUUAAGCAUGCUUUGUAGGGCAUUGUUUGGAUUUCUUUCUUUGUGCUUCUGGGUGAUUACUGGUAGUGUUUCCAUGAAUACAUGCAUAUUAAUCAGAUGUCAUCCACUUAGUGCUUUGAAGUUUUCAUUAAAAGCAGUAUUUAAUGAGGAACUAAAAAUAUUUGUUAAUGGGCAGACCUAGUGAAACAUCCCAAGUCCCUGGUGCGAGUGAACUGAAUUUGUUUAUGUCAGAUCCUUGCUUGUAAAGUCUCUAAAGGUAUCCAUGUGUGAAGUAUGUUGUAGUCUAACUUCAAAAUUUGUGAUCAUAAGGCUAAAAAUAAUUUGGUAAUAUUUAAAUUGAAUUUAAGGCUUAAGUUGAAUUUUAAAUACGACUAUUAAAUGUUUUUCUGUUUUUAAACAAAGAAAUAAUGAAAUUGAUGGUUUCAGAGCAACCUAGGAAGACUUGUAUGAACUGAUGCAGAGUGACGUGAGCAGAACCAGUAGAACAAUUUAUACAGAAACAACAGUAUUGUAAAGGCAAACAACUGAAAGACUUAAGAACUCUGAUCAUCAUGAUAACCAACCAUGAUUCCAGAGAACCCAUUAUGAAGCAUGCUACCCUCUCUUGAAUGAGGGGUGAUGGACUCAGGGUGCAGAAUGAGACAUAUAUUUUUUGGACAUGACCAAUGCAGGAAUUUGUUUUGCUUGACUAUGCAUAUUUGUUACAAGGGUUUUGCUUUGUUUUGUUUUCAGUGGGAGAGGGGAGGUGGGAGGGAGAGAAUAGAUUUUUGUUAAUUGAAAAAAAUAAAAUUUAAUUAAAAAAAGAAAAAUAGCUGGAUCAGACAAAUUAUACACAAAGAAAUCUGUGCUGGAUUUAAUAUAUUUUUCAAAAUAUUGAGGGAUUGAUUUUCAAUAUAUUUCAAAAAAGUAUAUGAAAUGAUUGGAAGAAACUGUAGGUGGUAUUUCUUCAACAUUUCAAUACUUUAAUAGACUUUGAUCUCAUCAGUGUGGGUAUUCCCUUCACUGUUGAAGAUUGCAACCUAAUUUAAUUCUCUUUCAAAUCCUCCCAUAAAUCCGCCUCAAGGGAUAGAGCUGGGGGCCUUCCUCUAGAUCUCUUGACAUUGGUUACCCCUCACUUUCCAUUUGUGUGACUGGCCCCCUCUUUCUGGUAAUAUACCUGUCUGAUAACAGUCUUCAUGCUACUUCUGCAGAAUUCAUUGAUAAUGUGUUAAGAGUAUUAUCACCCAAAAAUGGUGACUGAGAGGACAUUAGCAACAACUGAUCUAUAUAGUUAUGUGUUCAUCUUUGUAAAAUUUUUGAGAUUAACUUAUGUACAUACCUAGAAUGUCCUUGAUGAAAAUAUAAGAAGGGAAUACAUGGGCUCUUGUAGACAAUUUUCUACAACAGACCACAUCUUUGCAGUCACGUAAUUGAUUGAAAGGUAUGGGGAAUACAUGAUCCUACUGUGUUUAUUGUUAUCACCAAAAAAAAGUUGAGUCAGUAAAGUACAAUAAAAAAACUUCUGAAACUCA